GUUCAUAAACACAAUUGCCUAUGCAAACGAGGCUAUGAUACAUUUAUUUUUAUAGAGCAGCCAUAACUAGAGCGGGGUCCUCACUAUAAAAGCAGUUUGACGCCCCGGUUUUAAUGUUUGAAGAAGGCAGUGAAGCACCACCGUCACGUCAGCUGCGUCACGUUUUGUCACCGGACACCACAAAUUCCACAAAAAGCUUCCAUGCUGAGGAGAGGACGCAGCGGCCGGGCUCGACAUUUGGCCUGGACUGAAAUGCGGCGCGGGACGGAUUCCUUGGCGGUUAUGACGACGACAUGCGGAGGGGACGACCGGGAAAGCCGGACAACAACGCAGUCUGAGGUGGAUCAGCUGACGUGCUCCCAGACUCUCCCUGAGGCGGCGACGGCGGAGCAGGCGGCGGAGGUCCCGCCCAGCCUGGUGCCGGUGGUCGGGGAGUCCUUCUGCCAGUGCGUCCAAGAAGAGGAGCUGAACCCAGGCUCGGGCAUCACCACAGAAUGCCUGUGCGGCGAGGAGGACCACGGCUUCCAUUGGGUGUGGGACGGCAACGUCAAGUCGUCAGGCGCCUUCCUCAGCUGCGACGACAGGAAGGUGAGUUUCCACUCGGACUACAGCUGCGGCACCGCCGCCAUCCGAGGCACCAGGGAGCUGAGCGACGGGCAACACUUUUGGGAAGUCAAGAUGACGUCCCCCGUCUAUGGAACGGACAUGAUGGUGGGAGUAGGAACAUCCGAGGUCAACCUGGAGAAAUUCAAAUAUAACUUUGGAAGCCUGCUGGGUCACGAUGAGGACAGCUGGGGGCUCUCCUACACAGGUCUCUUUCAGCACAAAGGGGACAAAACCAAGUUCUCCUCGCAGUUCGGCCAAGGCUCCAUCAUUGGAAUGCACCUGGACACCUGGCACGGUACUUUGACCUUCUACAAGAAUCGACGAUGCAUAGGUGUGGCUGCCACCAGGCUGCAAAAAAAGAAGUUGUACCCCAUGGUGUGCUCCACGGCAGCCAAGAGCAGCAUGAAGGUGAUCCGCGCCUGUUACACGCCCACCUCCUUGCAGUACCUCUGCUGCACGCGGCUUCGCCAAAUGCUCCCUGCCUGCCCUGACAUAGCAGCUGCUCUGGAGCUACCGCCGGGGAUGUGCACCCUCCUGCGCUCGCAGCUCGGCUGGGUCUUCUCCAUCUCCAACACCGUCACGAGCACCAGCUGCAGCAGCACGGAAGCUUCUGAGCAACACAGCGAUGACACACGCCCCCCUCCCAGGGCCCGCACCAGUCCGCUGCCUGACGCCACCCUGCAGCCGUGUCCCUGUUCUACGUCCUCUUGUACUUGUCGCUGCCCUCCGACGCCCCCUAGCUGCGACUACGACAGCUGCGGCUCUGAGCCAGAAGAUUACCAGAGCAAACGAUGCCGCUGGACAUAAAGUGAAAGUCCCAACGAUUGUCUCACACACACUAGGUGUGGUGAAAUUAUCCUCUGCAUUUGACCCAUCACCCUGGGAAGUGAGGUGAGGGGAGCAGUGAGCAGCAGCGGUGGCUGUGCCUGGGAAUCAUUUUGAUGAUUUAAGCCCCAAUUCCAACCCUUGAUGCUGAGUGUCAAGCAAGGAGGUAAUGGGUCCCAUUUUUAUAGUCUUUGGUAUGACUAUAAAACUCAAGACCUACAAGAACUGCACAUUUUAAACUCUGCAAUUCUUGUUGGAAAUAAGAUGGUCAGUUUUAUGUUUAUGGCACGUCUGAACUUGCAAUGUCAAAUACUACCUACCGGUUUGACCCGAAUAUAAGACGACCCAAAAAAUAUUUUUAAGGAAAAAAAUGUGACCGGAAGAAAAGCUCACUUUCUUGGAGAAAGAAGGCGUUUGAGGCCGCCGGCGGAUUUGCAGCGUUUUUUAAAGAUUUUUUCUUAGGGAAUAGAACGUCUUAUAUCCGGGUCAAUACGCUUAUAGCUCGGCCACAUCUUCAUGUUUUGUAAUAAUUGUACAGAUAAGACAUACUUGACAGAUUAGACCAAAAACUAAGAAACACAAAAGCUUUUUGAUACUAUACUUUUUGUAUCUGCCAAGUUUAUCAACUUUGUUACUCAGGCAAUCCUAGAAAAUAAAAGCCUAAAGACAA